GCGGGAGAUUCCUUCUUAUUACAACCAGAAAGGAGUUUGUUACCAGUUGUAUAAUCACUAAGAUUUGGGUUGAUUUGAAGGAGUACUGGUAGUCUGAGAAUUAUCCAGUAGGAAGAUAAUUCACUUCGCGUUUGAGAAUCCCACUCCGAAACAAUGAAUAUUUUACCAAAAAAGAGAUGGCAUGUCUUAAAAAAAGAGAACAUUGCUCGGGUGAGGUCAGAUGAGGCAAAAUAUAAGGACCAGCGAAGAAAGAUUGAAAUUAGAGCACAACUUGCUGAUCAGGAAGCGCGAAUAGAUUAUUUAAGAAGACAAAAAAAUAACCUAACAUCUAGCUCGGGAUCAGGUGGAUUCCAGAUAACUCUAACAAAAGAUAGUAUCCUGAAUGUCUCACAAGGAAACGCAGAAUACGAAAGUGAGAAGAAGAUCGAACAAGAAAAAAAAGAGAAAGCAGUUGGGAUUUUGACUUAUUUAGGCCAAACUGUUCUUGAUGCUGCCGGUGAAAAGCCGUGGUAUGAUGUGCACCCUCGAACUCAUGAGCGUCGUGAAAGCGAACAAAGAAAGAACAAAGAAGAACUGGAAAUAAAGAAGAAGACAUUGGCCGACCCAUUAACAGAAAUGAAGAAGGUCGAGGAGAUGUUCAGACACAACAAGGAAGUAAAGAGACAGAGCGAAGCAGCUGAACUUCAACGUGCCAGUGCUUGCAUUCAUGCUAUGCCCACCUUAUUUCCUGAUGACAUAAUGGUACCAAAGUGCCCAUACAAAGAGGCUUCGAAAAGUCGACGAACAGGUAAUAGGUAUACUCAAUCACUUACUGAAACUUCAUGUAAUUCAUUUGGGGAGCUAACAAAGGAUUUAUCCACAGGGGUUUCUCUGAAUCCCGAAAGUAUGGAUAAGAAAUCAGAAUCGAUUGAAAUGGCCAAGCGUUCAGAUAUCAAUCGUCUUCGGGCUGAAAGACUGCAACGAGAACGAAAGGAAAGAGACAGGGCAGCAGUUUUACUGGCUAAAUCUUUUGGUUUAGAUGCUUUAAAAACUCCAGAUCAAGAACAAGCGUAUGUAGACGAACGAAAUUUGCCCUUUAAUUCUGCAUUUAAUCCUGAACUGUCAGCUAUCCUGGCUGAACGACGUCAACGAUAUCGUGAGUCGAGAAAGCGGAGUUACAAAGAGUUGGAUUAA